AUGGCGUGUCAUUGUUUAUGGUAUUGGAGGAACAAAGAGCAACAUGAAGAAGAGUUUCAUAGACCAAUGCAUCCAGCUCAACAUGUUAUGAGGCGUAUGUUUGAUUAUCAUGCUGCUGCAAAAGCAAAUAUUGUGGUCGGGAUGGUGAAUGAUGUUUUGGCUAACAUUGAUUGCUCUUUGGAGGGGACACUGUUGUUUAUGGGUCGUGUCCAGUUCAAAGAAGAGAUGUCUGCAACACAAUUAACAGAAGAAGUAUUACAGGGUUCAAAGUGUGAAGAGUGUGGAAACCAAGCAAAGAAGGAUUGUGCAUACUCAAGAUGCAGAAAUUGUUGCAAGAACAAAGGCUUUAACUGCCAAACACAUAUCAGAAGCACUUGGAUUCCUGCUGAUAGAAGAAGGCGCCACCGAAUGGACCAACCUCCUAAUCAGCAGCACCAACUUCAUGAACAUAAAAAGCACAAGCAGAUCAACCCUUUUUCAAGUUUUGAGGAGUUUAAAUUUCCAGCUGUUGUGAAUUCCAUGGCGACAUUGACCUGUGUUCAGAUGCGCUCUAUGGAUGACAGGGUUAACGAAAUGGCCUAUCAAACAAGUGUAGAAAUUGGAGGACAUGUAUUUAAUGGUAUUCUUUAUGAUCAAGGCCUUGAUCAACCAAGGUUCAAUAAUAAUACUAGGGGUGACUACUCCAUUGACAAUAUUCAUCAGCAACAAAAUCUCAAUCAUUUUUAUGAUGGUGCAACUGCUUCUCAUCAUCACCUUUUAUACCCUCCACCGCAUCCAUUACCUUCCUUCAGGCCUAAUAUGCCAUAUUAGUUUCUUUCUAGAUCAUCAAAAUCAUGAGAAGGUAAGGAAUAAUGGAUGCUAGCUGGUAAAGAAUGCUAUGCUAGCUAGUAAAGAAAAUAAUAUACUCCCUCCGUCUCAUGUCUCAUUUUUCUUUUUCUUUGUCUUUAAUAGAAAAAUAACAUUAAUAUUUCAUUAGUAUUGUAAAGCGGCUUAUAAUUUACAAAUAAUUGUGUGAAGAUCCGGUUAAGCAAUGUCUAAAGCACUGUACCUAAGU